GACGGCGCGCUCCCGCCCUCAACCAGCUCCCGAGCUCCUCCCUCUCCCUCGGUACUUCUCGAGCCGCCGCGCGGGAGGGAGGCCGCGAUGGCAGAUGAGAUCGCCAAGGCUCAGGUCGCUCGGCCUGGGGGUGACACGAUCUUCGGGAAGAUCAUCCGCAAGGAAAUCCCCGCCCAAAUCAUUUUCGAAGAUGACCAGUGUCUUGCCUUCCAUGACAUUUCUCCUCAAGCACCAACACAUUUUCUGGUGAUACCUAAGAAAUAUAUUUCUCAGAUUUCUGUAGCAGAAGAUGAUGAUGCAAGUCUACUUGGACAUUUAAUGAUUGUUGGCAAGAAAUGUGCUGCUGAUCUGGGCCUGAAGAAGGGGUAUCGAAUGGUGGUGAAUGAAGGUUCGGAUGGGGGGCAGUCUGUCUAUCAUGUUCAUCUCCAUGUACUUGGAGGUCGGCAGAUGAGUUGGCCUCCUGGUUAAGCAGUGAUCAGGCUUGCAAGUUCCAAUAUGUUAACCUUGGUAAAUUUCAUUUUGCCUGUGUAUGGAGAGAUUGAUGAAAUAGUUUUAAAAACUCAAUAAUAAAAGACAUUGUUGCAUGUUU